GCUAUAUUAUAUAAGAAGUCUUCUAGUAAACGAUAUCACAUCGAUGACUGCGGACGGCAGGAAUCGUGCAGCGCAACCUAUAAACUCAUCGUCGUAAUAUACCGCGGUACCGUAUACACGAUAUAUAUGGUAACGUACCGCGCAUACCGUAUACCGGAGACAUAACAUUAUGGUAACAUUGUCGAACGUCUACCACCGCCGCCGAAACGAUAGCACAGCCUUGGCCGCGAUGUGUCGGGCGGUCGUCGCCGUGGCCUGUUGUUUAUCGCUGGCGGCCGGCCCGUGGACGCCGGUGGACGGCAUAAGGGUGUUGGCCGUGGAAACGAUAGCGGGCAAGAGCCACUGGAACUUUAUGCGGGCCGUGCUCCGGGCGCUCACCGACGCCGGGCACACCGUCACCGUGUUCACGCCGUUCCUGGACGGCGACCGGGACAACUACACGGAGGUGGACACGUCCGCGGCGUUCCGCAUGAAGCUGGACGUGGACCUGUCCGAGGUGCUGGACAAGUUCGUCGAGCCGGCGUCCAUACUGCCGCUGAUCGUCACCAUCAGCCGGUCGCUGUGCGACGCCAUAUUCGAGGACGAUCGCAUGAAAGACGCGAUGCGGCCGCGGGCCGACCGCGGUGGUUACGACGUGGUCAUCGUCGAACCUAUGGGCUCGGAGUGCGUCUCGCACGCGGCCACCGUGCUGGGACUGCCGCUGGUGUUCGUCGUCCCGUCGCCGAUGAUCAGCUACUACGAGGGCCAGUUUCUGGGACACGUGCCGAACCCGGCCGUCGUGUCCCACGUGAUGGCCGACCACGCGGUGCCCCGUACGUUCGUCCAGCGCUUUCGCAACGCCGUCCUGUUGGCGUACAGCGUGUUCGCCGUCCGGUACAAGGAGUGGUCGUUGAAGCGGGCAGACGCGCCAAAACCGUACGACACUGUGGCGCCAGUCCGCCCGUCCGCGGUGUUCGUCAACAGCCACUACGCCACCGAAGCCUCCAGGCCUGUACCGCCAAACUUCGUGCACGUCGGCGGACUGCAUUUGGAUAAGCCAAAAAGCUUGCCAACCGAUAUUUUAAAAUUCAUUGACGAGUCACCCAAUGGGGUGAUUUACUUUACUUUUGGUUCAGUGGUGAAAAUGUCUACGAUGCCGGAUUACAUUCAAAAAUCAUUUAAAGAAGCACUGGCUCAAGUACCUCAAAGAGUUUUAUGGAAAUAUGAAGGUCAAAUGGAUGACAUACCACCAAACGUGAUGAUACAAAAAUGGUUUCCUCAACGUGACAUACUUUUGCACCCCAAAGUUAAAUUGUUCAUCAGCCACGGAGGUAUAUCCGGAGUUUAUGAAACCGUGGACGCUGGCGUACCGGUUCUUGGAUUUCCGUUGUUUUAUGAUCAACACAGAAAUAUUGCAAAUUUGGUUGAUGCUGGAAUGGCGAUUUCUAUGGAACUGUUAUCGGUGUCCACAGACAUGGUUUUAAAUUCUAUUUUGGAACUCAUUAACGACGAAAAAUACUCGAUAAAUKCUAAAAUCACUUCUGAACGAUUUAAGGACCGGCCACUGUCACCAGAAAAAUUAAUAGUUUACUGGACGGAGUAUAUACACCGUCACAAUGGAGCGCCACACUUGAAAUCACAAGCUCUUAAUCUAACGUGGUAUCAGUACUUUCUCUUGGACGUGAUUGCUGCUAUAUUAAUUUUAACUUUAAUAAUUUCAUUCGUAUGCUAUACCAUUAUUAAAAUUAUUUAUAAGUACGGUCUGAAACAUUUAUACAAUUCCAAACCAAAAUCUGAGAAAUUGUCUUAGCCUUUUAUUAAUUUUACGUCCACGCGUUUACUUGGAACCACACAAAAAAGUUGAAUAUUUAUACAUCUACUGAAAUUUAUCGUGUAGUGUUAUAAACUAUUGAUGAAAAGAAUAUUAUGAAUUUAAAAAAUGCAAUUUACUAUAAUAUUG